AUGUCCCCAUUGCCAGAUGUCCAUUGCACACUUCAUAUUGCUGAAGACCUGGACACACCCUACCAAGAUGACUGGGAGGAAAACAUGAAAGGUCAGAAACCCCUGGUCAUGUGCAGAGGUAUCUAUUGUGGGAAGGAAGGAGUUGCCGCUGCCGCGCUGUUGACACACUUUGGAAACCAGUGGUAUACUUUAUGGGACUCUGCUGUUCCUCAUGUCACGUUAGCAGUAGGGUUUGGCCAGGAGGCUCGGAGCCUAGGCCCUAUGGUUAAGAGGGCCCUGGGUUACACCUGGGACUACACUUCGGUCCCAGGCCUUUUCAAAGCCAAAGAGGAAGACCAAAUGUGGUGUUUCAAGGCCCCCAAAACAACGGAUCGCACCCAGCCAGAGGUGUUGCCCCUCCCCCGUGAGCAGGGACUCCCAUGCACAGACCAUCCUAGUGCUGCCUCAGCGCACUCAUCCCUUCCCCCACACCUUUUCACCACAGGUCCCUAUGAUGCUGGCCUCUUAGACACGCCACCUUUCCAAAGGCAGGAGGAAAAGGAUGGAGGAUGGUUCAAGACUUCCGAAGCAUCCACUCUCACCCCACCAGACUAUACCCUCCCUUUUCAUAUGGAUGUUUCUGAAAAACACGGCUUUCUUAACGCCAUUCUUUUUCAGAAAAAAGGGGGAGAGAGACAUGUGUUGAUGUAUCACUCAUCAAGACUGGACACAGUUGAAAAAGGACAAACGACAUGCGCAAGAUAUGUGGCAGCGUUAGCAAAAGCAAUUGACAAAACAGCCCAUGUGGUAAUGUGCCACCCAUUGACAAUUCACACGUCACAUGGAGUGACAGCUUUUCUGACAAGUAAGGAAUUUUCAUAUAGCGCAGCAAGACAGACAAAACUACAAGCCACGUGCACACAACCACAUAUCAGUUAUACCACAGAAGGCAUUAACAUGGCGGACGCCAUGACAACAUCAGGACAGCCACACGUCUGUGAAGAACAAGCAGCAGUGGAAAGCAAAGUUCGAGAUGACCUACAAAAUGAACCAAUAAUGGAUGCAGACAUGUGGCUGUACACGGACGGAUGCUGUUACCGAACAGAGGAAGGCACAAAUCGAGCUUCCAAUGCUGUAGUACAACAACUCCCAGAUGGAAACCACGUGGAGCUGGAAGCAGGAAUAAUACCGCAACCAGCCUCAGCACAAAGAGCUGAGAUCAUGGCCCUCACAGCUGCAUUAAGACUGAGCAAAGAUAAGACUGUAAAUAUAUUCACUGACUCAGCAUAUGCACAUGGAACGGCACACCUAGAUGCCAUAAUGUGGAAAAGAAGAGGAUUUCUGACCUCAUCAGGAGCACCGAUCAAGCAUCAAAAAGAAGUAAUGGAUCUAGUGGAAGCAAUGGAAUUACCCCAAAAGCUGGCAAUAAUGAAGUGCAAGGGACAUGACAGUGGACAAGGACGUGUCCAGACAGUGUACCAGCAACCUGACAAAAAACCCCUGCCGGCGGUGAAGGUGGGUGACUGGGUGCGGGUCAAGGUUCAUAAGCGAAAGUGGACUGACCCCAGGUGGACCGGACCGUACGAAGUGAAGGAGGUUACUUCACACUCGGUGCAGGUGAAAGAAAAAGCGCCGCCUCCCUACUCCGCUGGGAUGGUGCCAUUACUCACCAUGCCUGAGGACGGAGAGGACGCUGAGGCACUGCACUGCCAUUGGAACCUGACCUCCUGCUUCACUCCUGCAUCCACAUGA